CGACCUGCUGUCAGAUUCAUAAAACUUGUAAACUCCGCCCACUCGACAGCCGGCGUCUGUUUACAGAAAGUCGCGGCGGCGGCGGCGUGGGAGCGAACAUGUCAGCCUCCGGCAGCUCGGUGACAGCGUCCGUGUGAAAGCCGUCACACGUGUCUGCGCUCGCUCUUUGUGACGUCGACGCUCUCGUACGUGACCGGCGGCCGACUGCUCGGCGUCCGGGAAGGCACAGAAGAAAAGCCCGUCUUCGGAAUUCCGCUGUCACCGGCAAUGGCGAGGCGCAAAAGGCGCAACAACCCGCCCGAGCAUCGCGCUUGAAGCCCCCCCCACCCCCCCCCCCCCCCUCAUCCCCCUGUGCCUGGAGCGUCGCUCAACCCCACGCGAGCCGCUUCCUGCGCCACGACGACAUGGACAGCCCGGCCACCGAGAACCCCGGCAGGGCUGCGGAGUAUUUACAGGAGCUCAACAAGAUCAUCGAGACGCAGCAAGAGUUGCUGGAGAGGCAGCGGGCGCGGAUCGAGGAGCUGGAGCGGCAAGUGUGCGACUUGUGCGAGGAGAACGGCAGCCUGAAGGAACGCUUCCAGCGGCACCUGGCGAGCUGCCGGCUGGUGCAGGGCGCCGACGGUCCGCACUCACUCGGGGCCAUCCAGGAGCAGAUCGCGCCUGACAAGUCUGAUGGUGAUGUCUCCAGAAUGGUCAGGAGACAUGGCUCCCUGCCUGUCCAAGUUCCUGAGACUUCGGGGAGCAUCGUGUCAACUGGCAGCAGAGGAGUCAUCCCAUGUCGCAAGUGGAAGUCUGCUUCCUUUGGUGUGGAAGGGGAUGGACGGUCCAAUGAAAGCGGUCCUUCCUUGGAUGCAGACGCAGGUUAUGGGCCGGGACCGGUGACUCACGGUUCAGGCAUCAGCCCUGACCGUUUUGAUAGCUCCCCCUACAGCCACGGGGUUCAACCUGGGCCUCAGAGACCCCGUCGGCCAAAGCUCCAGCACUCACAGUCCAUCCUUCGGAAGCAGGCGGAGGAGGAGGCCAUCAAGCGCUCUCGCUCGCUCUCAGAGAGCUAUGAGCUCUCUGCUGACCUCCAGGACAAACAGGUAGAGAUGCUCGAGCGCAAAUACGGCGGACGAUUCAUAACUCGGCACGCAGCACGCACGAUCCAAACUGCCUUCCGACAGUAUCAGAUGAACAAAAAUUUCGAACGUCUCAGGAGCUCUAUGUCUGAGAACCGCAUGUCCAGACGCAUUGUUCUCUCCAACAUGAGGAUGCAGUUGUCAUUUGAGGGUCCAGAGAAAGUGCACAGCUCCUACUUUGAAGGAAGACAGGUGUCUAUGACUGAGGAUGGCGCCCCACUGUCCAUGCUGCAGUCUGAGUGUGGAGAUAUACAGGUCCACCAGCAGGCCAAUAUGGCGUCUCAUCCACCUGCACAGGGUGAUCUGACAGACGCCAUCACAGAACUAGAAGACGCCUUCUCCAGGCAGGUGAAAUCCCUGGCCGAGUCAAUAGAUGACGCACUCAACUGCCGCAGCCUUCAGGGGGAUGAAGGUCCGGACCCUGAGGUGGAAAGGGUGGUUCCCUAUCAGGUGAAGUCCCACCGCAGACCAGCUGGACACAUCCACGAUGACUCGAUGGCAUCUUAUAGCGAUGUCACUCUGUUCAUUGACGAGGAUGACAUGUCGCCUCCCAUUGCUCUGUCAAGGUCAGGGGAGCAGCCUCCUGGCACAGAAUCGGACAUGCGCUUGCGGUCAGUCAACUCCUCCCAGGACUACUGGCCUAUUGACCCGAAAGAUGAGGGUCGCGACACGGACACAAGCUGCCGUAGCACUCCUUCUCUGGAGUGCCAAGAGCAGCGUCUGAGAAUGGACCAUCUUCCUUUGUUGACUAUAGAGCCUCCUAGCGACAGCUCUGUAGAGCUAAGUGAUCGCUCCGACAGGGGCUCAAUCAAAAGGCCACCUGUGUAUGAGCCUCACGGCCACAUUGUAACAUCAUCCCAAGCAAGUCCCAAACAUAUUUCCCAUGGACCCCCGCCACGAGCGGCCUCCCGUGACGACGAUGCCCCUUUACGUCACCGCCACCGCCAGCUGGAGAGCCACCUCGCAAUCAACGGCUCAGCUAACCGGCAGAGCAAGUCAGAGUCUGACUUUUCGGACGGCGACAACGACAGCAUCAACAGCACUUCUAACUCCAACGACACUAUCAACUGCAGCUCUGAGUCCUCGUCGAGGGACAGCCUGCGAGAGCAGACGCUCAGCAAGCAGACCUACCACAAAGAGACCCGCAACAGCUGGGAUUCGCCCAUCUUUAGCAACGAUGUGAUUCGCAAGAGACAUUACCGCAUCGGCCUAAAUCUUUUCAACAAGAAGCCAGAGAAGGGCAUCCAGUACUUGACCGAGCGAGGCUUCAUCCCUGACACACCGGUCGGUGUGGCUCACUUCUUGCUGCAAAGGAAAGGCCUGAGCCGGCAGAUGAUCGGAGAGUUCCUGGGAAACCGACAGAAACAGUUCAACAGGGAUGUUUUGGACUGUGUGGUGGAUGAAAUGGACUUCCAGAGCAUGGAGCUGGAUGAAGCCCUCAGGAAAUUUCAGAACCACAUCCGUGUCCAGGGAGAGGCCCAGAAAGUGGAGCGACUCAUUGAAGCCUUCAGCCAGCGCUACUGCAUCUGCAACCCCACAGUCGUGCGGCAGUUCAGGAACCCCGACACGAUCUUCAUCCUGGCCUUUGCAAUCAUCCUCCUCAACACAGACAUGUACAGCCCCAACGUCAAACCCGAGAGGAAGAUGAAGCUGGAGGAUUUCAUCAAGAACUUAAGAGGUGUGGAUGACGGUGAGGAUAUACCCAGAGAGACCCUAGUGGGAAUCUAUGAGAGGAUCCGUAAACGAGAACUGAAGACCAACGAAGAUCAUGUGUCACAGGUCCAGAAGGUUGAGAAGCUCAUAGUUGGGAAGAAACCAAUCGGAUCACUCCAUCAUGGACUGGGAUGUGUUCUGUCACUGCCCCAUCGCCGUUUGGUGUGUUACUGCCGCCUCUUUGAAGUGCCAGAUCCAAACAAGCUCCAGAAGCUGGGCCUGCAUCAGCGGGAAAUCUUCCUGUUCAAUGACCUCCUUGUGGUGACGAAGAUUUUUCAGAAGAAGAAGAACUCGGUGACAUACAGCUUCAGACAGUCCUUUUCUCUCUAUGGGAUGCAAGUCAUGCUGUUUGAAAACCAAUAUUACCCCAACGGAAUCAGACUUACGUCAGCCAUCCCAGGUGCGGACAUCAAAGUCCUCAUCAACUUUAAUGCGCCCAACCCCCAGGACCGCAAGAAGUUCACCGAUGACCUGCGAGAGUCCAUUGCUGAGGUCCAGGAAAUGGAGAAAUACAGAAUAGAGUCCGAGCUCGAGAAGCAGAAGGGGGUGGUGAGGCCCAGCAUGUCGCAGAGCUCCGGCUUGAAGAAAGAGACGGGAAACGGCAGCAUGAACCGUGCGAGUCUGGACGACACCUACGCCAUGGGUGAAGGGCUGAAGAGGAGCGCCCUCAGCAGCUCCCUGCGGGAUCUCUCCGAAGCAGGCAAGCGGGGGCGUCGCAGCAGUGCAGGAUCACUAGACAGCAAUAUGGAAGGGUCCAUCAUUAGCAGCCCGCACACGCGGCGAAGAGCCGCCACCCCGCGUGAGGGCGCGUCCCGCGAGCAUUCCUCCCUCCCCAACUCCGCAUCCACCUCCAUCCUGGGCUCGCUGUUCGGUAGCAAAAGAGGCAAAGCGUCCUCCCAGAGCCACGGGCCUUACCCCCCGCCCGGCCACCCCACGCUCAUAUCCCACAAGCCCCACCCGACCAACCUGCACCACACGGCUCAGGUGGUGCACGGCGGGCAGGCGCCGCACCACGGCCACCACCCGCAGUACUGCCAAGUCCCCCAGAACCCACCGCCUUACCACCACCAUCACCACUACCACCCCCCGCCCCACACCCAGUACCACAAGCACCCCUCCUACUCCUCGCACGCGCAUCAGCACACCCAGCACAGCCAUUACAGCCAGCAUUCUCAUCACGCCUCCCACCCCCAGCACGCGCCCCAUCACCACGGUACCCAGCAGGCGGCCGCGGUGCCCGGCGGACCCAAAACGAAACACAGUGGCAUCAGCACCGUCGUGUGACGGCGAGGAGGGCACCGAAAACGAGAGACUGUUUCUGACACCAAAGGGGACUGACUGACGGCGCGACUCGACGGCCUUUCCACUGUGUUUUACUGCUGCUGCCAUGGAAACCACCUGCGGGCACUGUUUCAUCUCCGCAUCCGACUAAUAAGCAGGAUGGACGAAUUGGACCACAAUUUCCCACCAGGGGCCUUUAUUACUAGUUUGUUUAAUUCUGGGUUUCCCUCCCCCUCGCUUUCCCCUUCCUCCCUCAUCAGGGUUCAGCGGUGGUGUGUGGAUCUAUACAGAAAGAUGCCCUUUGUCGUGCACAACACGCACGUGCGCGGCCGUAUCGCCGAACUGCCCCCCCCCCCCCCCCCCCCCCCACACACACACACACACACACACACGCCCUCCAACCCCUCCAUAGCCUGUCUCACCUCCGUGUAAUCAGGAGGAAAAAGACACCCUGGCGCAUCGAUGAUGGACAUUGUCAGGCAACAACUUUUAUUAUUAUUAUUAUUUUUUUUUGGUUUGCAAGUCCCACGGAUGCUAUUUGCCCUUCCCUUCCGACAGAGCUCACAUGUAACUACGAUAUAAUCGUUUGACUUAAAACCGGAGGUCAGGUAAGCAACGUUUGAGUCCUAUUAGUUCUAGUGCUGUAUUUACUGUAGAUGACAGCUGUAUGUGUUGUCUCCUUGCGCUCUCAUACAUACACGUGCCAAUUAUUAAUGCAUAAUCUAUUUAGCCAAGACUUCCUGUACAGUGUGUCGUGUGUGAUUUGUAAGAUUAUACCUUACAACUAUUAUUAUCAGCAAAAACUAUCAGUAUUAUGCUGACUCUGGGGGGCAGCAAGCUGUAGAUGCGGAGGCAGCGAGAUCGGCCCGCGGUCGGCCUCUGAACUUUGGCCUUUGAGCCGGCAGCCGUCGACGCCCACUCGAAAGUGCAAAUUUCUCAUUGCAGCUCACGAAAUUUUAUUUGAGACCGAGGCUCAAAAACGUGAAUGCGACUGUUGAAGUGAAUGCACGCAUUACAAGGGACGGCUUCCGUCACCACUUAUUAAUUACCAACUCUCACCAGAAUUAUUAUUUUUUUUCCCUUGCAUUUGCCCGAAGUUUUGGCGAAUGACUUCUUACAUCAGUUCUUACAUAGUGAAGUCUUUGUUUUUGUAUCAUACGUGCAAUAUCUUUGUACUGAUUAGGAACGAGCAAAGUGUCCCUAAAAAAAAAUUGUGUCAUUUAUGUUUGUUUUGCAUCGUUAUUUAUUUUUGUUUUUCAGCCCCUCUUUGUCUAAAUGAAUGCUCGCUGCAGGCUCAGAGCCCGGUGGAAUGUCUAUAGUGAUUUUUUUUUUUUUUUGCAUGUGCUGUUAUUGAUGUGAGGCUGUCCUCUGCACAUUGUAUAACAAAUCAGUGUUACCAUAACAAGUUUUAAGUGCAAUCAUGUUCCCAAAUGCAGAUUUGUACUGAGAGUGGAAGUCUUCUGUUGGCCAGGAUGAGAUUCAGGUGAUAGAUAACCCCCACCCCCCGCCCUCCACCCCACAUUUUAGGAAUACAUAAAUGCCUACAAGGGAAGAAAGAGAGAGGAGGAAUGUGUGUAUAUAUUUUAUUAAAGAACUAUACUUCUUGGGCUGAGCAGAUAUAUUUUGCUGGAUAAGCACAGAUAAAAUCUCGUGUCAAUAAAUGUAGUUAUACGGCAGAAAUGUAAGCUGAACACACACAAAAAAAAGUUGGGAGUAUGUAAAGAAUAACUUUAUACACAAAUAAGAGUCUAUUCUAGUGUGCACAUCGGUAAAAGUAGACAAUUUGUUCCAAUAUUCAGGUUGUACAUGUAUUUUACGAGUCACAACGAAAUCCGCGGCCAUCGAUCAGGCUUCCGCCUUUCAGGUCCUCACAUAUCGGACAGGAGCAAUCAGCGUCUUUGCGUGUCUUUCGAUUUGAGUUGUACGUUUUGCGAUAAUUUGGACCUCGAAGGUUCAUGUUUGGCGUGCGGUGUCCACCGUCAUUUCUUUGUCAGAAGGAACCCCAACAAUGCACUGCACGGAUUCAAUCCAUCACAAGUCCUACUCACUGUGAGCCCAUGGGUUAAAGAGGAGGGGGGGGGGGUAAUGGAAAAAAAAAUCAGCCGAUCAUAGAAAGUGGCGUACUUUUGUUUGUUUUUUUUUUUAUUGUUUGAAGUUUGCCAAUGUUGCUGUGUUUCUUGCUGUUUUUUUUUUUUUUUUUUUGGUGUUAGGCUGGUUAAUAUUAAAGCUCAGCAUGAAUUUCAUCAACAAAGCCAUUGUGUACAUUAUGAACAUGAAGAACAUUGCACUUCCUUCGCCGAGGGCUUUCCUUGUGUAAAUAUGGAAUAUUUGGAUGUGCACAACGCUUGGAAGGAGGAUUUAUCUUUAUGAAGGUGUAAAGGGACCAAGUUCGUGGUUACAAGAUGUUGUACAUAGUGUGAAUAUGACCCAUACGCUCUUCUGAUAUCUGCCGUUUUGAUCAGGAUGUACAAACAUCACCUCGCAGAUGAGUGAGGGGGGUGAACAUAUCGAUCGUCCGGGGAUGUGACAUUUGCUGUAGAACUUAAAAAUUGACUGUUAGAGAAGUUCGCUGCCAUCUGCAUCACGCUCCUUCCGUGCAAACACACACACACAUCCACACGGAAAUGACAGACAAAUGGAUCUUACGGAAAGCUGUUCAGUCUGGUGUGAGACUCAUUUAAAAAAAAAAAAAAAAAAAAAAAAGGAAACACAAGAAUGGCCUCAUUUAUGUGUGCAUUCUGUUUGUACAGUGAGUAGUGAGUCAGUAAGACCCCAGUUAUUGUAAAACUUCAACUGUGACAAUGUUGAGAACGCAAAAUAAACAAAUA